AUCAACUCUCCACACAGUCCACGUUAAAGCCACUGUAGAGGGUGAUGUGGGUCACUGUGGAUCCCGCACAAUCCGCUUAGAAACAAAAACGUGGACGGUGGGGGUUUUUCCUUUUUUUUUCCUUUCUUCAGGCUGUUGCGGGACAGGGAGCAGCUCAGACCCUGGUCAUGGAAAAGAAGUUAAAUCCACGCUGGUUUGGAGUUUUUCUCUCUACUACGACGUUAGCGAUUAUUAUCGUGGGGGCCCCCUGUUGGCGCUCAGCUCUCCGCAGGCCAGAUCCACCGAUCCGUCAGGACCUCUGAGCCUCUUGUGAUACCUGCCCACAUUUCACGGGUUUACCUGAGUCCGGAUCAGCUCAGGCGGCUGCACUUCAAGCCCACCGUGGGCACCAUCCAGCUCUCCGAGGGCCAUGAGGCCAAAUUCAACUGCUCCAUCGACAUCCCGGACGCCAGGCUGGAGCCCACCAUCGUGUGGGUGAAGAACGGUCUGGACCUGGCUGCAAACAUGCAGGUGGUGGUCAACGAGCUGCAGACCAUCACAGACGGGGUCACGACUCUCCUCUCCACGGUCAACAUCAACCAUGUGCAGCGGGUGGAUGCUGGAGAGUAUCGCUGCAGACUGAGCAUCAACAACAGACUGGUGGAGUCUCAGCCAAUCACCCUUGAGAUAGAAGGUCUCCCAACAUUUCUCCAUCAACCAGAGGACAGGAACGUGAGCAGAAACACACCUUUCACACUCUCCUGUGAGGCGGUCGGACCCCCGGACCCCGUUCAAAUCCGCUGGCUCCGGGAUGGAUUACCUAACAGUGACUUCCAGAACUCUAUGAGCAGCUACUCCAUUUCAG